AUGAUGAGUGAAGAGCCUGUUGAGGAACGUGGCGCAGAAGGAAUGAACCAAGAGAUUAGUGCCCCUGGGAUUUUUGUGACACCCGCUGUGCAGACAGUUUCAGAGAACAAGACGGCAAGAUUCACGUGUUAUAGCCGAGGAUACAACUCAGCCGUGGUGAAGUGGAGAAGACUUGGGAAACUACUUCCCAAAGACAGAACGAUUCUUGGAGAGACAGGGGUGCUGAAGAUUAGGCGAGUCACAUUCAUGGACAGUGGUUUGUACAUGUGCACUAUAAACAGUCCAUCUGGCCUAGCUCAGGCAACCGUUAUGCUUAGAGUUCAAGGUAAAUAUGUACUGAGACAUUUAUUCAUUCAUCCAGUUGUUCAAAAGGUGGAUAGUGUUAUCCACUGAAUAAAUCUUUAUCUAAUGUAUCACCCAGUAGGUUUCCUCAACACUUCUCUUGAUGAUAUGACGUGGAUAAUGCUUUUCCAACUUCUGAGCAAAUAGUUUCAGAUUACUAGUGUUAAUUAUUUUUCCAUUUGUACUUACGGAAUAUAGAAUACGUUUCUCAAAUUUACGACGUUAAAUCACCUCAUAUAACUAUUAAUACUUGUGACAACAUUUUUGUUGUAUUCUUGAACAGUAUCAAUUUUUUUCUGGGAUAAUAGAAUUGAAAAUUUGUACUUCCUCUUAUAAACAGUGUCAGUAGUUGCUCACACUGCCGUCGAUGGAGAGUAAAAUUGUUUUUUGAGGAAAAACUGAGUAGCACUGUUUUUACCUCAUUCUAGCUUCUCCUCGUGUUUACGUUGAUUCCGGUCCAACGUUCGUUAUCAGAGGUGAAGAUGCAGUUCUGCCAAGCUGUCACGUGAUAGGGUAUCCUCCACCGGUAGUCACAUGGGCCAAAGUGCUUGGAAAAUUACCGCGAGGGCGAAAUCUGCUUAAAGGACGGAGUGUGACGAUUUUACGUGCAGAGAGAGAGGAUGCUGGCAGCUACAUCUGCAAAGCAACUAGUUCAGGAGGAUCAUCGCGGGCGGUUACUCAGCUAGUUGUAACCGUAGUACCCAGGUUCACUGUAACGCCGAUGGCCGUGAUUGAGAAGUUUGCAGGAACUUCGGUGAGAACAUGUUUUGCGUCGCUGAAAAUACGUAACUAAUAUCAGUAUGUGCCGAACGUCAGGCAAAAUAUCGAUUGGUGAUUGUCUAACAGCUUUUAAAUUUGGACAAAUAAAACUUAUCAAAAACAGAUUAAAAAAACAAGGCGAAAAUGAAAACGUCGAAGAUGCUAAAAUCAGAAAAAAUAACAUCCUUGAAAGGCAAUAAACACCAUAUAAAAAUGUAAAAACGGCUUAUUUCUGACCAUUUUUUAAUCCUUUUACGCAGGUGCAAAAUUUGAUAAGAGCUGCUUCUCGUUCGGCGCACGGAGUCAUCCUGGCUCCGAUUGUUCAAACAUUGGAUAGUGCUAUCCACUGGAUAAAUCACUAUCUUGUGAAUAAGUAUUAGGGAAACCAGCUGCAUUAUCCACUGGAGAGAGAUUUAUCCGGUGAAUAGCGUUAUCCUCCUUUUAAACAACUGGGGCCAGUUCUAUAUAAAUGAACAUUUGAAGGGCUUAAAGGAAUCUAUUUGUUAUCAGGCUCCGUUCCGAAGUUCGAGAUGUUAACCGCUCGGCCGUCACGCCUCCACUCGUUAUCUCUACAUGCUGGGGAUUUUUUUUCACGCGACGUUUUAGCUAAAAUAAAGGCUAAAAAGUUAUCGAGGGAAAACCUGAAUUAAGCUCCCCUCUUCAAAUACACCCCCAGCCCUCUCACUGCAGCUUAUUCUUCAAAAAACACUUUUUACCUUUUUACUUUCAUGCACAAAGGUUACUGUUAACUGUUCUGCCACUGGUGAUCCAGAUGCCGUUAUUACAUGGGAACCUAUUUGCACAGGGAACCUUCCAAGUGAGAGAUUGAACAUUACAGAACACAGCGUGACCAUUUGGGCCUUACAGCCAGACGAUCAGGGCAAAUACGCAUGUGUAGCAACCAGUGCACUUUUCCGCGCGCGGGCAGAGUUUAAUCUCCUUGUAAAGACAGGUAAAUUAUUUUUUUUUUGUUAAAACUUGAAAUUUAAGGAAGGAAAGUAAAUGAUGAAAUCCUCAUAUUAAAACUUGUAGCAUUUAAUAAUUAUUUUUUCGUUUUUCUCAUUCUCUUUUAGCACGUGAUUGUUCCGUUUUGUAUUCAUCAGGCGUGCGUACUAGCGGUGUGUACAUGAUAAAUCCAGAUGGAAAUUAUUCGUUCCCAGUCCUCUGUGACAUGCUCACUGACGGCGGUGGAUGGACGGUAUUUCAGAGGAGACUGGACGGCAGUACUAAUUUCUUCCGUGACUGGGACACCUAUAAACACGGUUUUGGAGAUCUCAACAAAGAGUUCUGGCUCGGUAACGACAAAAUUAGUCGGUUAACGCAAGCCAUGGAUGUAGUUCUUCGUGUGGAUUUGACCGACUGGGACGAAACAACGGCCUUCGCCAAAUAUGGAAAUUUCCGUGUCGAAAACGAGUCCGUAAAAUACAAACUUACUGUAGGUUCUUAUACCGGAACUGCUGGAGAUUCAUUGUCAUAUCACAGCGCCUCCUCAUUUACAACUAUGGACAAAGACAGUGAUAGCAACAGAGGGGGAAAUUGUGCAAUUAAGAGCGUGGGUGCAUGGUGGUAUAACAGCUGUCAUGACUCUAAUUUAAACGGACAAUACAUGAGCACUGGUAAGCAGGGCUCAAAAGGAAUGGUCUGGUACUACUGGAAAAACAACCUCCAAGCACUGAAAACUUCACAGAUGAUGCUGCGACCCAAAUCCUUUGAGUGA